AGAAGCAUUUCCGUGGCGGAGGGCCUGGGGAGGCGGCAGUCGGCAGUGCAACUGUUGGCACAGCAGCCCGGCGGCCCCGAAAGGUCCCAGGUAUCACACUCAUCAGGUAGUUCAGCUCACCUGUGAAACUGAGAACCCUGGAUGGUGAAGAGAGGAAACUAGCAAAGGAUCCAGGUCUCCAACUGCUCAGUCAGAUCUGCUCACCUGUUAAUCAGAACUAAGAGCCCUGGAUGGUGAACACAGAGGAAACUAUAGCCAAGGAACCAGUUUUGAAGCUCUGAAAUGACUGUUGCCCAUUAAAUAAAGUGUCUUUGACCCAGACUGGAAGCAGCACCAGGCUAUGGUGGUGAACUGAAACAUUUGAACAUGUUCCAAAGGUGAGAGUAACAAGAAGAAUGAAUGCUUCUCUCCUAAAUGCUCCUCAGGGUCAGUUAACGUUCAAGGAUGUGGCUGUGGACUUCUCACAGGAGGAAUGGCAAUGUCUUGACUGUGCUCAGCAGGCAUUGUACAUGGAUGUGAUGUUGGAGAAUUACAAUAAUCUGUUUUUUGUGGAGAAUCAUUGCAUGUGUCCUAAAUUUGAGAAGAUGUUGGAUCAAGACCUACAGCAUAUUGUCCUCGAACAUGUAAAUACCCAAGUGAAAUCUUAUGAAUGUCAUGAGCUUGACAAGAUCAUCCAUGAGUUCACCGGAAGUACACCUUAUAAAACUAACCUCAGGGCUACAUCUGUUGAAUCAUCAAACCUAAACAGACAUGAAACUGAAAACAACAGAGAACCUUGCAAAUAUGAAAACCAUGUAAACUGUUUCAAUUUGUGCUCUACCAUUAGUCUAAAUCAAGGAAUCAACAUAGGAAAGAAAGAAUACAAUGGUGCAAAGCUUGAUAAGGUUUUUGACUCUAAAGAAAUCCUCAUGUUGAAACAAACCAAAAGUGUAAAGAAACCUUACAAAUGUAGUGAAUGUGCCAAAUGUUUUGCCAAGAAAUGCUGGUUUAGAAAACAUCAGACAACUCAUACAGGAGAAAAAUUUUACAAAUGUAAUGAAUGUGACAAAUCCUUUACCCAAAAAGGCAGUCUUAGUAUUCAUCAGAAGUAUCAUACAGGAAAGAAACCUUACAAAUGUAGUGAAUGUGAGAAAUGCUUCAUUCAAGUUGGUGAUCUUAGAAGACAUCAGAGAAUUCAUACAGGAGAGAAACCUUACAAAUGUAAUGAAUGUGAAAAAUGCUUUAGCUACAAAAGCAGCCUUAGAACUCAUCAGAGAAUUCAUACAGGAGAGAAGCCUUACAAAUGUAGUGAAUGUGACAAAUGCUUUUCCCACAAAGGCAGUCUUAGUAUUCAUCUGAGAAUUCAUACAGGAGAGAAACCUUACAAAUGUAGUGAAUGUGACAAAAGCUUUACCCAAAAAGGCAGUCUUAGUAUUCAUCAGAGAAUUCAUGCAGGAGAGAAACCUUACAGAUGUAGUGAAUGUGACAAAGGCUUUACUCUAAAAUGCAGUCUUAUCAUUCAUCAAAUAAUUCAUACAGGAGAGAAAGCUUACAAAUGUAGUGAAUGUGACAAAUGCUUUUCCCUCAAAAGUGAUCUUAGUAUUCAUCAAAGAAUUCAUACAGGAGAAAAACUUUAUAGAUGUAGUGAGUGUGAUAAAUGCUUUACAAAGAAAUAUCGUCUUAGAAGUCAUCAGACAAUUCAUACAGGAGAGAAACCUUACAAGUGCAGUGAAUGUGACAAAUCUUUUACCCUGAAAGGCCAUCUUAGAAUUCAUCAACGAAUUCAUACAGGAGAGAAACCUUACAAAUGUAAUGAAUGUGACAAAUGCUUUACUCAAAAAUGCAGUCUUAUUAUUCAUCACAGAAUUCAUGCCGGAGAAAAACCCUACAAAUGUAGUGAAUGUGACAAAUACUACACUCGAAAAAGCCAUCUUAUUGUUCAUCAGCGCAUUCACAUAGGAGAAAAACCUUACAAAUGCAGUGAAUGUAACAAAUGCUUUACCAACAAAUAUUGUCUUAGAACUCAUCAGAGAAUACAUUCAGCUAAUAAGCCUUACAAAUGUAGUGAAUGUGACAAAUCUUUUGCCCUGAAUGCCAGGCUCAGGUGUCAUCGGAUUAUUCAUACAGGAGAAAAACCAUACAAAUGUAGUAAAUGUGGCAAAUACUUUACCCAAAAAGGAAGUCUUAUAAUUCAUCAGAGAAUUCAUACAGGAGAGAAACCUUACAAAUGUAGUGAAUGUGACAAGUACUUUACCCGAAAAAGCAGUCUUAAUGUGCACCAGAGAGUUCAUACAGGAGAGAAACCUUACAAAUGUAGUGAAUGUGACAAAUGCUUUUCCCAUAAAGGUGAUCUUAGAAAACAUCAGAGAAUUCAUACAGGAGAAAGAACCUUACAGAUAUGAAUGUAACAUGUGCUUUACCUAAAAAUUCAAUUGUCAUCUUCAUUAGAGAAUUCAUACAGGAGAGAAGCCUUACAAAUAUAGUGAAUGUGACAAAUGCUUUACCUGCAAAAGCAGUCUUAAAAUUCAUCAGAGAAUUCAUGCAGAAAAAAAUCUUAAAAAUAUAAUGAAUAUGACAAAUGCUUUAGCCAAAAACAGUCACUUAUCAGAGAAUGCAUACAGUAGACACCUUCACAAAUGAAGUGAAUGAAAAAAAUCCAUUCCCAAAGAAAACCAUCUUAGAAUUCAUCAGAGACUACAUAUAGGAGAAGGAACUUAUAUAUAUAGUAAAUGUUCAUAUCCUUCAGUGUUGGUUCACCACUUAAAAUACAUCAAAGAAUGCAUUCAGGAUUAAAAAAAAAAAACUUACGAAUUUGAUAUAUGAGGAAAGGUCUUUACCCAAAUCUCAGACCUAAGAAAAUACCUGCUUAUUUAUAUUCAGAAAAAAAGCGUCCACUGGAAAAACUAUGGCAUGUGCUUUAUUCCAGCGGUAUUGUUGGCAACACUUGAAGCUCCACACUAGAGAAUUAUUAUAUAUGUGAGGAAGUUGGGAAAACAUUUAAGUAAUCCUCAAAUCUUAGGAGCGACCCAGCAUUUAUGCUCAGAGAAAUGGAAAAUACAGCAAUGAAGGAAAUCUUUCAUUAAAAGUUUUUACUUGUUCACUUUUAAAUAUGUCAUGAUGGAGAAGCUUAAAGCAUAUGGAGUUUUAUAAACUUUCCUGGAGACUGAAUUGAUCUACUUCAAAGAGAAGCUACGAAAUACAUGCCUCAAAAUAGCUAAUGAAACUGACAGCAUUCUAUAUGUUUAACUCAAAUGAACAUACUCAAAUUAUACUUCUUAAAAGAGGAUUUGACAAACUGAGCCACAAAGAUAGGGUGCUCUUUAUCCUGUAGAGAUGCCUACAUGUAUGAGGUUUGUUACCAGUGUCCAGUAUUCAUUAUCUGUAUCUUAUGCUGCUUUUCAGUUUCAGGAUAGCAAUUGUCUUUGAGUCCCUCGUGCUCUCAUUUACUAACUGCUUCCCCUAAGUCCUGUGUGUAACAACAAUAACUCUCAUUGGUUUAACGAGUUGAACUUGGUUGUUGCCAUUUUCCACUUGGGAUGGGUAGAUGAAUAUAUAUGUGGCAUCUCCCAGAAAAUAUCUCUGGCAAAAGUGUGCUGAACACAUUAAUAUUUUCUGCAAACUUGCAACAUAAAAUGAAUAGUAGAGCAAUGUUUUAAAGCUUGGGUAGCAACACCUUUGAGGGUGGAAUGAACUUCUCAGAGGGGUUGCUAAAAACCAUAAGAAAAUGUCUUUUCAGUGGUCUCAGGAGUGAGACACCCUUCUUUUGUCUUCACGAGAGUCUGCUUGCAUAAGAGUACUUUAAAUGAUAUGAAAGUGAUGUAGCAUUAGGAGAGUUGGAGCCAGUGUUCUAAAGAGAAUGCAUUUGUGUUAAAUAAAAUAGGGAAGAUGUUGUUCAUUGUUUCAUUUUUUCUGCCCUAGUAGUAUUAGUUUCAAUUAAAAUGGCUCCCCACAGACAGAAUGUAGAUGCCUUGGGAGCUGGAGCAAUAAUGCUGCUCUCUUCCUUGAAUUUGACCCUCAGAACAAAAGUAUCCAUGGGCAAAUACUACAGACCAUUGUCAAGUCCUCUUGUCCUAUUGUACUUUAACCCUCAAUUCUAUAUGCAUCAAGUAAUCAAUUAGAUUUGAGUUUAUUUUGUUAAGUAUUUUCCAGAAUGCUAAUACCAUACACAUACCAGAACAUUCAUCCUGAAACAAAACCGAAUUACUGGCAUUACUCAGGUAGUAUCUUCAUCUUAAUUUCAGAUGUCAGUCCAUUCCUACGAAUACUAUGACACCAUGAAGCCUUAAAGAGCUAACCUAUGAACAAAAGAUGAGGUGUUGUGUCCGGCCAGCAGACCACAACCUGGGUUCUAGCCUGGAAAGGCAUUUUGGAAACCUGGAAGAGAAGAGGGGCUAGGUGGCGAGAGAAAGAAAUGUAGCCAAGACAGUUAUUCUGAUCAAAGCUCAAAUUUUACUGUUGCAACACUCAGUUAUGAAGGAAGGGGGAGGGGACCCGAUUUCCGCCGAAUAAUCUCAGGUCCAGUAGAAAGGUGAACAUGUGUGUGGCUCCAAACAGCAAAGCUGCAGGUUCCAGCAGUGGGCGUGGCAGAACGAAUGAGCAGGAAGCUCCACCCCUGAGCAAGCAGGUUUCAGGCUGGGGGAGGGGAGACUACAAUGAGGUACAUGUUCAAGUAAAGUUUAAGAAGCCCCAAAGUGUCCUGGAAAGUCAUUUUGAAGAACUAAAAGAAAGAAGAGAAAGUCUUUAUGCCAAGCCAAAAGAGUCUUUGAAUAUUGAUAAUAAAUUCAGAAAAACUCAGAAAAUCCUGGCAUUAGGCAAAGUGAUAUGCUACAGUAGAUAAAUCUUCAUCACUAAUUUUUCACCAAUUUUAAAAAAUAAGGAACUCCCCCCCCCCCCCCCACACACACACACACGCGCACACACACUCUCUAGCAGUUGUUCUGGAAUGUCCCUAGAGAUAGAGCCAACAGAUAAAGAUAGAGGUCACCUACCCCUCCUCAGAAUUCCCAACUGUGCUUCAAAUCAGGGAUGUGAGCUCACUGGGGUAAUUCCAUCUUUGUAGCUGGUAGACCCCAGCAUGCUGGAUUUCUGCAGAAUAAAGAAUAAAACACUCUGUGUUUA